AUGCCCGCAUCACUAUUCAUGCUCGAUUCGCACUUUCAAGUUGUCACCAAGCUAUUUGGCCCACUCCACUCUACUGCCAAGAAUUUUGACCCAUCCGAAUACAUCACUCCGGUGGAUCAACCAAAACCUAUGGUAACUAUCAUUGAAGACGAUCAUGUCAUGUUCGUAAGAACAAUCUAUGAGGAAAAAGUUGAAGGCAUAAUUGAAGAGGAAGGGCUUCGCAGAGUCCCAGUCUAUUUCUAUGAUCCUCAUGCACCUACCGACGACUAUUGCGACAAAGCAGAGAUUGAAGCUCAACUGAAGGAGAUAACGACAAUAGCAAACCAAAUGGCCCUCCAAGACUUGCAGGGUGACAAUGAUGAAAGUGCGAAUCAAGAUGACAGUGAGGUGCUGAUGAUCAACCUUAGUGAUGAAAAAGUCUGCUCUGAGCUGAUUGUGGAUGCUGAAAAAGAGGCUUACCCUAACUGGACCGUGGAACACACUCUAAAAUACAAAAUAAAAAAUGCUAACUCCGAUCCUAGUUUUGAUUCUGAUUCUGACUCCGAGUCAACCCAGUCCGAGUCUAGUGUUUCAUCUUUUCAAACUACCGAGUUUGGUGAGAAAAACCUGGUCAAAGUACCAAGGCAUAACAUUUAUUUUAAGUUUGACUCUGAAAUGUCUUUUGACAAUUUUAGCAAUGAGAAGGAAGAUUUAGAGUAUUUCACUUUGUCUACGAUUAACUAUGUUUUUGCCUGGACUUACGAGGACAUGCCUGGAAUAGACCCUGAAAUUGUUCAGCACAAAAUUCCUCUCCAUCCUUAUGCAAACCCAGUUAAACAAAAGCUAAGACGUAUGUGCCCUGAUUGGGUCUUAAAGAUAAAAGAAAAAGUCACGAAGCAAAUCAACUUCGGUUUUCUCAUAGUCACCGAAUAUCCUCAGUGGGUAGCCAACAUCGUUCCAGUACCAAAGAAAACUGGGGGAAUCAAGAUUAUGAUGUCCCAUGAGGACAGAGAGAAGACCACCUUCACCACGCCAUGGGGAACCUACUGCUACCGAGUGAUGCCAUUCGGGUUGAAGAACGCUGGAGCCACUUACCAAAGGAUGGCGACAACACUGCUACGCGACAUGAUGCACGAAGAAGUAGAGGUAUAUGUCGACAAUAUGAUAGUCAAGUUGAAGGAAAGGGAAAGACACUAUGAAGCACUUCAAAAAUUCUUUGAGAGGAUUAGGCAAUACAAGUUACGUCUUAAUCCUCAAAAAUGCACUUUGGGGGUAACUGCUGGAAAAAUGCUAGGAUUUCUUAUCACUCAAAGAGGAAUCGAAGUGGACCCUUCCAAGAUACAGGCUAUCGUACAGAUAUCACCACCAAAGACAGAAAAAGAAGUAAGGAGCUUUCUGGGGAAAGUACAGUUCAUCAGCAGGUUCAUUUCCAAACGUACAGCUAUCUACGAACCCCUCUUCAAGCUUUUGAAGAAAGGUACUAACUUUGAGUGGAAUCAAGACUGCCAACAAGCAUUUGAAGCAAUCAAAGAGUAUCUUCAAAAUCCACAUGUAUUAUCACCACCCAUCCUUGGGAAACCACUAAUUCUGUAUCUCUCAGUGACGGACACAUCCAUGGGAUGUAUGCUAGCACAAGAAAACAACGCCAAAGUAGAGUGCGCCAUAUACUACCUUAGCAAGAAAAUGACAGACUAUGAAACAAGGUACACUCCCCUGGAGAAAACCUGCUGGGGGCUAGUAUGGGCUACAAUGAAACUAAGGCACUACCUACUAGCACAUCCAGUAGUGCUGGUUUCUCGUUUAGACCCAAUCAAAUAUUUUUUCGAGAAGCUAGCACUUAUCGAAAAGCUAGCUAGGUGGUUAUUGCUGUUAGUAGAAUUCGACCUCAAAUACAUGACAAGGAAAUCAGUAAAAGGAAGGGCUGUGGCAGAAUUCUUGGCAGAUCACCCCGUGAUAGAGGCUAAGCUUUACUUCGAUGGAGCAUCAAACCAACGUGGAUAUGGCAUAGGGGUAUUGCUAGUUUCCCCAUACGACUCUCAUAUCCCUCUGUCAUAUAAACUGAGGUUUGAAGUCACCAACAAUCAAGCUGAGUACGAAGCCUGCAUUGCUGGAAUGGAGGCAGCCCCGGAACUAAGGGCAAAAAGGGUGGAAGUCAUUAGAGAUUCAAACCUGGUGGUGUCCCAAGCGAGAGGAGACUGA